UUAAUAAUUCAAACUGCUGUGGAGUGAAGUAGGUAAAUAUUCAUGUUCUUCUUUUCUUCUUACAUAAUGAUGAAAUCUUUUGUUGGUAUGAAGGAUAGGCAUCUUUGAAUUUUAGCCAGUGUUGAUGGGUUCGAAUGAUGAGAGAUGCAGCGAUAAUUUUGAUUUAGGGCUUGAUGUCUCUCCAAAAGAGGACUACGAACUUAGGAGUAUAAUCAUCGAUGAUGAUAAGGAUAAAUUUGUGUCCAGAAUUAAUCGCCAUAAAUAUAAAGCUGAUGUGGUCCCGCUGGUGCACUGGGAAUGGAUUUUUCAAUAUGGAGCCCUUAAAUGUGCUGCCGCAUUGCUUCAAGGAGAGACCAGUCAGACGGUUGAUUUCUACAGCAGUGACACAUUCAGAUUGCCCAUGAUGCAUACACUGGCUCGUACUUAUAACUAUGACUUUAUCGAGUUAUUUAUUCGCCAUGGAGCUUCAUUUGAUCACAGGUGUUAUGGUGUUGGACAAUCUUUGUGGUACCUAGAAGGGAAGCUGCCACUAAAUACAGCUGUUGAAUCAAUAUCGUAUGGAACUACGACUAUUUAUUAUCUACUUAUCUCCAUUCAAAGCUUUUUGUUACCUUUUCGAAGUGGAGGAGGACAUUUACCGUAGAUUUUAUUUAUUUAUUUAUUUUUGUGUGUGUGUGUGAUGCUUCUAUUUUGUUUUUCAUUUUUCCUUAAUACAUCUGGCCACAAGAGAAAUAAAGACGGAUAGGUUUCAUGUUUGAGCCUGCUAAUCAUGUGGAAAUAUACAAACAGCCCAUAAACCAAAUUGGGCUUAUGAAAAUCAACCAUAUUUGAAGGAUGAGACUGAAGAACUGCCAGGUUAAUAUAAAAAGGGUCAUCUAAUGUAAGGGAAGAGAAUCAAAGAAUAUACAAUAGA